UCUUUUCGACAGACUUGAAAGCGUCGAGCGGCUGCGGCCACAGCACCACAAACAUCGUGAAUCAAUUUCUAGUUGUUUGAAAUCAAAAAGUGAAAAGGUUUGAAUUCCAAUUGGAAUCAAAAUGGCCCCCCUCAACGAAAAGGAAAUGAAGAAAUGGCGGGCGGUGGCCGGUUUGAACGUCAUUCUCGGCUCAAUCGUCUUGAUUGUACAGGUAGCGACGUUAUUUACGCUGUACGAGUGGGUCGACUGGAUCGGCAUUGGCAUUUGGGGCGGAUGUUUCAUGAUGUCGGCCGGCACUCUCACCAUCCAAAGAAAUCCGAGGUUGAUUUCCAUGUCUGUUUGCGCCAUGCUGAGUGGACUGGCGUUAAUUAUCUUUUACGCCUGGAACCUCGGCGUCUAUAAUAAUUACAGUAGUUAUUAUGGGUUCAUAACCACUGGUCCUGAGGCCUACUGCUACUAUUACGGUUAUAACGACCAAUUAUGCGAUUGGCGGUUGGUGGCCGACAUUAUUUUCAUCGUUUGCGGCUGCCUGGCCAUGAUGAUCAACUUGAUCUUGUCGAUGAACGCCAAGGCCAUCGUCGUUGUCCGUCCGAUCGUCCGUUACCCGGUCAACCACGUCAACGCCUACCCGAUGAGCACGACCAACACGACGUACAUGGUGACCAGCAACCAGCACCCAGCCACCUACUACCCAACAGCCAACCAGCAGACCGUCUACCAGGUGCCGGUCGUGACUUAUCCAUCCAACAACACGAACAAUGGCGUCGUCUACCAGCAGACGUCGCCGCCCGGCUAUCCACCCGUGAACAACCAACAGCAGCAGCCGGUGUACUACACUCAAACCAAUCCGCCAACUUACGCUACAACUGCUUACUAAUAGAGCGGCAAAUUCUAUUCUAUUUUCUAUCGUUAUAUAAUAUUAUAACACGUCUAUAAUCAAAUAAUAGGCUACCCUUGUCUUUAUUUGAAUGUUGGCGAAUUAUUAUUCCGCUCGUUUGGGGAAAUGAGCGCAAUUCUGAUUGGCUUUUUCGACUAUAAAUGUAAAUGUGUUACUACUAAAAUACAAUUCACAUCUUGA